GGUGAAUUGUUAAAUCCCUGCCGCUGCGAUGGGUCAGUACGAUACACACAUCAACUUUGCCUGCUAAAGUGGAUAAGUGAAAGAGGGUCAUGGACCUGUGAACUCUGCUGUUACAGAUACCAUGUUAUAGCAAUUAAAAUGAAGAAGCCUUGCCAGUGGCAAAGCAUUACUAUAACACUGGUUGAGAAAGUGCAGAUGGUUGCUGUAAUCCUAGGAUCUCUGUUCUUAGUAGCAAGUGUGACUUGGCUUCUCUGGUCAGCCUUCAGCCCUUAUGCAGUAUGGCAAAGAAAGGACAUCCUUUUUCAAAUCUGCUAUGGAAUGUAUGGUUUUAUGGAUCUAGUAUGCAUAGGACUGAUAGUACAUGAAGGUGCCUCUGUUUAUCGAGUGUUUAAGCGCUGGAGGGCUGUGAAUCUACACUGGGAUGUGUUAAAUUAUGAUAAAGCCACAGACAUAGAAGAGAGCAAUCGAGGAGCAGCCUCAGCAGGAAGGACAUUGUGGUUACCACUGACUGCAUUUAGAAACAGAAGUUUAGUUCAUCCAACACAGUUAACCUCACCAAGAUUUCAGUGUGGCUAUGUAUUGUUACAUCUGUUCAACCGCAUGAGACCUCAGGAAGAUUCAUCAGAAGAUAACGGCUCGGGGGAAGUAGUGAUGAGAGUGACCUCAGUGUAA